AUGUGCGCGGACAGUGGAAAUCUAAUGGCGAUUGCCCAGCAAGUCAUCCAGCAGAAGCAGCAGCAGGAGCAGCAGCAGCAACAGCACCACCAGCAGCCGCCGCUCGGUGCUUUCUCCCUCACUCCAUGGCCCAACAACACCCACCACACUCUCGCUCAAAGCCCCAAUCUGGGCUUCGGGCUAACUGGGUCGGGGUUUUCCGACCCGUUUCAGAUGCCGGGAGGUUCCGACGCCGGUGGGGAGCCUGGGUUUCCGUUUCCUAACUUGGAUCACCACGCCACUGGGUUUAGGUUCUCUGAUUUGGGCGGCGGUGGAGCGGCCGAGUUCGACUCGGACGAGUGGAUGGAUAGCAUAAUAGGCGGUGGGGAUUCAACGGAUAGUUCCAACCUGCCUUAUGCAUGCGACACGUGGCAGGGGAACAAUGCUGAUUUCGGUCUCUAUGGCGCCGAUCCGUUUCAACCCCACUGCCCGAGUCGACUCAGCAACACUUGCUCUCCGCCGUCCGAUCUCAACCGAGUCAUAUUCUCCGAAACCCAGAACCAAUUGGCAACGUGGACUCCACCGCCGCCACAACAACUACACCAGGUUUCGAUUAAAGAAUCCAAAUCAGCAGACCAUCCUUCACUCAAAAACGACGCUGUCGGGGUGUCGUUAGGGUCGCCCGAGAUUGAGUCAGCACCGCCGCUGCUUAAAGCCCUACUCGACUGCGCCAGGCUCACCGAGUCGGACACCGACCGCGCCGUCAAAUCACUGAUUCGACUCAGGGAAUCGAUCUCAGACCACGGAGAUCCAACCGAAAGAGUCGCCUUUUACUUCGCCGAAGCGCUGCACAACAGAGUGUCAGUUCUGCAAUCAGAGAAGACCUUUACGACGGCGUACGACACUCCCUGCGAGGACUUCACGCUGUCAUACAAGGCCUUAAACGAUGCCUGUCCGUAUUCCAAGUUUGCCCAUUUGACGGCGAACCAAGCGAUACUCGAAGCGACGGAGAGAGCUACCAAGAUCCACAUAGUCGACUUCGGAAUUGUCCAAGGGGUCCAAUGGGCGGCGCUGCUGCAGGCCCUUGCGACCCGGUCCACCGGAAAACCCGUCAGUAUUCGGAUCUCCGGCAUACCCGCUCCUUCACUUGGGGAUUCUCCAGCGGCCUCGCUAUUCGCCACUGGAAAUCGACUCCGAGAGUUCGCGAAGCUUCUGGAGCUGAACUUUGAGUUCGAACCGAUUCUGACUUCGGUAAACGAGCUUGACGAGUCGUGCUUCCGGUUCGAACCGGAAGAGGCCUUGGCUGUGAACUUCAUGCUCCAAUUGUACAACCUGCUUGACGAUAAACCAGCAGCGGUUCAUUCUGCUCUGAAGCUGGCCAAGUCUCUGAACCCGCAGAUUGUGACUUUGGGCGAGUACGAAGCGAAUUUGAACCGGGUCGAAUUCGCCAGCCGGUUCAAGAACGCAUUGAAGUACUACACUGCGCUGUUCGAAUCGUUGGAGCCGAACUUGACCCGAGACUCGCCGGAGCGGCUGAAAGUGGAGAGGCUUUUACUGGGUCGACGAAUUGGCGGUUUGGUCGGGCCCGAACAAUCGGGAACCAAACGAGAACGGUUCGAAGACAAAGAGCAGUGGAAGUAUCUGAUGGAAAGCUCCGGUUUUGAGUCGGUAGCCCUCAGCCAUUACUCCGUCAGCCAGGCUAAAAUCCUGCUCUGGAACUACAAUUACAGUUCUUUGUAUUCUCUAAAGGAAUCUCCACCUGGGUUUCUCUCUCUAUCCUGGAGUGAAGUUCCCCUGUUCACAGUUUCUUCAUGGCGUUAAUGGGUUUUGCUUCGAUUUCGGAAUCGGGUUAUCGGUUUUUCGCCAGGUCUUUUAUAACUGGGCGGGAGCCUGUUAGUUUCGGUACGCCAUUGACGGCAAUCAGAUAUGAAACUCAAGACUCUGCCUUAGUGACAAACUUAGGAUUAGUAAUUACCAUCCAUCAGUGUUAAUUUUGAGCUUUUUGGGUCACAAAUUGCUUGUUAAUUUUGUAGUUUGGUACUAGUUUUUUUCACCUUCCUCCGUUUUUUGGCUUUCUUUACAGGUCUGAGACUCAAAUAUGACUAAUUGUAAAAAAAAAAAAAAAAAAAAAAAAAAAUGGCAUUGAAAAAUGGAGGGGUAAAAAGGUUCUGCCCCCUUUGUUGUCUGUAAUUCUGUUUGUAAAUUUGAAUCUUGAUAUUGAGUUUAGUUUUCAUUUAAUUUCACCUUAAUUCU